AUGCCUGAUCACGAAGAAUCGGCCCAAACACGUUUGUCCCCCUGCCUUGCGCUUCCGCCACAGCUUCUUGACUCGCUGUCUUUCUCUUCCAGAGGCAGAAUGGGAGGCAAAAGUUCAGCGCCCUGCACGCAGGUGUCUGGCCGGCCGCGCGAAUGGUCACGUUGCUGCCUAGCGUCCCGGUCGAGAACGUGGGCUCUCAGGGCCGUACCUGCUCUGCCGCACGCUUCUGAGACCCAGGGCCAAGCUGCUGGGCGCUGGGCUCCGGGAACUCGGCCACGGGCUCUUCCCCGAGGGCGUCACCUGAGCGGCCCUGACUUGCAGCGGAGGGCGAGGUGCAGACGCCACUCUGUGACUUUGCGAGGACUUGCGACGCCGAAGGGCAGAGGGGUGCCGCGCGGCGAACCGGGCAGCAGCUGGUCGGUGCGCACCGAAGACCGCAGGUACUGCGGCGAGUCUGCCCCUUCCGGAAGCCUGCCCGGACUCACUGAUGUUUCCACGCUCCCCUCUCCUGUCUUGUGUCUUCCCUUCACUUUGUGCCCUGUAGGGCGGGCUCUUCGCACCGAUCCCGGCCAGGACGGGCUGUGUGUCGGUCCUCGGAGGAUGUCACCUACCUGUCGCCAGCUUCCCUCUGGGUCUGCGCCAGGUCGGGUUUUACUUUCAUUUCUCCGGCGCGCGCCUCAGACUGCCGGAGAGGUCAAGGGCAGCUGGGCGUCGGCCCACAGCCAAGGAAGGUCCCGUGGUCUGGACUCGUUCCUUCCCGUCCGCGCCAGCCCUGGGGGUUUGCUCCUGCGAAGCCGCCCGCGGUUGCACCUGGUUGCCUGCUCGCUGUGCCCUUCAGGAAAGCCCGGGAUCCGGUGAGGGCGGCUGAGCUCUCGGUCCGGGGGAAGGCUCGCGAAGUGUGUUACUGGUGCAGACUUCUGGAGUGCAGGCGACGUCGGCGAGAAAAGCAGAGCCAGGAGUGGCGAGGCUCCGCUGCUCAGCGCCGCUCGGCUUCGGGGCACUGGCCAGCGCUGCCGCGGCUGACCCGGGAACUGCCCCCUGAGGGCUUUGGGGUGAGCCUUCCCAGCCUGGGUGCGCGUCGUCGCUCUGGCACUUAGAAAGAACCAAACCAAGUCUUUCUUUAAGUAAAGGCCUGGGUUGAUGGCUCAGAGCAUUUUGCUGGGAAACCCACAGUGUUGGUGCGUGUGUGUGUGUGUGUGUGUGUGUGUGUAUUUGCAUUUACAUGGGUGGGCCGCAGAGGCCAGAGCGCUCCCCCAAAUCACCCCCCAAAGCGCCAGGAGUUUGAGUAGAAAAAAAAAAAAUGAGGAAUUUGCCAAAGCUGGGCUUUUUUUUUUUUUUUAUUGUCUUCGUGGAAUCUCAAAUUGCAUUACUUAAGCAUGGUUAAAGGCAAACAACCCCCCCCACCCAAAAAAAAAAAAAACACCCCUCACUAGACUGCCUUGUCGGUUCACUGGUCCUAUCUAGAAGGAAACACCCCAGUCCCAGGGCUGCUCCCUGGUGAUUUGUUAACAGUUUCAUCCAUUCAAGUUUGCAGAGAUUGUAGAUUCACAUUGAGCACGGACAGUGCAAGGAAGGAAGGAAGGAAGUGGAGGAAGAAACAUCUUUAAAAUUUCCCUGCAAGAAAAAACACAAAAGAAAAAAGAAAAGAAAAGCAAUCCUGGUAAAUGAAGGUCUGCUUUUUUUGUCAGAAGACAAACCCCCAAAGCCCUGUGAUAAAUAUGUAUCUCCUGACAUCCUAUAUCCAGACGUAAGUAUGCAUAUGCUGGAGGCCUGUUGCGUAAUGAUGUUUCAAUUUCUUCUUCACAUUCCAAUUGAAUUAUUUUUAGGCCCUAAAUCCAAGCCUUAUUCUUAGUAAUGUUCUGAGUUUAAAAAAAUGUGUGGUGGCGGUUUUUCAGCUAACACUGUGGACACAGUCGCUAAAGCCAGUGACUGAGUGACCCACACUCAGCUCUUUCAGGAAAGCAGUAAGAGAAACAGUAAGUAACAUUAACUGAUAGGAAUAAGGAUAACUGAAAUGUGAAUAGCUAAGUGCAUUACGUAAGUAUCUCAGAUGCCCCUUUUUUGCAAACAGGAAAUUUUAUGAUGUUUUUAUUGUUCAUAUAGUUCAAAAUGCCUGUGAAACUGAGGGCUUGUUUACAAAGUUCUCUUGAAAACAAAGUUCAAGAUGCAUCCUGGGGUCAUAGCACAAAGUGGUCUGCAGAAAGGAUUGCAGUUAGCCUUGGGCCCUUGCAGGACAAGCAAAGCAGGAUGCAAAGGCCAGGGCGCUCUCUUUUGAAUCUUGGACUACUCUAAAGAGCUAAUAAAAGAUAGACAUUUUUUUCCAAAAAAUGAGCACGUACACAAACCCACUGAAGUGUAACAUAGGCAUACAAUUGCAGUUCAAAACUCUGACUGCUUUAUAUAUAAUUUUUUAAAGUGUUUCUUUGUCUUUGAUUUCUAUCUGGUUUGGAGUGGUGGGGACAGGGAGGACAGUUAACCUUCCUCUAGGGCAUAAUAUUUUAGAGGUAGGCAAAAGGGUUAAGCCACCAUUUGGGACUUCCGCAUCCCAUAUCCGAGUGCCAGUUCCAGUCCCUGCUCCUCUGUUUCCGAUCCUGCUUCCUGAGAAGGCAGUGGAGAAUGGCUCAAGUACUUGGGUCGCUGACAUUCAUGUGGGAGACCAGGAUGGCAUUUCUGGCUCCUGGCAUAGGCCUGGCCCAGAACUGGCUGUUGUGGACAGUUGGGGAGUGAAACAGUAGAUGGGAGAUAGCUCUCUCUCUACCUCCGCCCCUCUCUCUCUGUCACUCUGCCUUUUAACUAGAUGAAUAAACUUUAAAAAAAAAAAUUUGCAGAGCAUCAGCAUAAAGAAGAGUCAUGCUUUUGCUGCCUCAUUUUUGCAGUCAUGCACAAAACAGAAAACAAUCGGUGCCUGUAUACCAUAAAGCCAGAAAGCAAACCUCCCUUAAAGAAGCUAAGUUGCUUCAGAACCUGUGAAAGAGAACGUAGAGAAGUGGGGGUAACCAUAAAGAAGCACUACAUCAAGAGAACUUUACUACUGAUAGCACAAUGAAGGAAGGAGAACGGAAAUAAGUAGAUAAUUUGAGGUCAUUCCUAGUUAAAGCGACUGGUGUUAAUUAUAGCAAUCAACCUGCUGUUACCUCCAGGCAGGGAUCCUGUACCAUCGGAUUAGAAUUAUUGGAAGGGCAGUGAUAUGGCACAGCAGGAUAAGCUGCCACUUGGAACACCCACAUCCGUUGUUGGAGUGCCUGGUAUCAAGUCCCACCUCUGCUUCCAAUCCAGUUUCUUGCUAAUGAGCGUGGGAAGCAACAGAUGAUAGUCCAAUGUUUGGAUUCCUGUCACCUGCGUGGGAGACCCAGAUGAAGUACCCGGCUCCUGGUUCUGUCUCUCUAUCAUCCUG